AUGUCUAAAAAAGUUCCUUUACAAAAAGUUACACAAAUAAGAUGUUUGGUUUCUGCGGGAAAAGCAGCACCAACGCCACCAAUAGGUCCAGCCUUAGGUCAACGUGGAGUGAAAGCCAUAGAUUUUUGUAAACAAUUUAACGAACGUACUAAAAAUUUUGAGACAAAUAUACCAAUUCCAACACUUAUAACAAUUAACCCUGAUCGUACAUUUACUUUUAUCACAAAAUUACCGCCAGUACCUUGGUUUUUAAAACGAGUAGCAGGAGUUGAAAAGGGAGCACAUAAACCUGGACAGGAAACAGUAGGAAAGAUUAGUUUAAAGCAUGUUUAUGAAAUUGCUUUGAUUAAAAGUAAACAAGAAAAUAUGAUGGAUCUUGGAUUAGAGAAUGUUUGCAAAAGUAUUAUUGGUACUUCAAAGAGUGUCGGAAUUGAAAUUGUACCAUAA